AUGUACGGGCCCUUCCCAGAUGCAGACUUAUUGUUUUGUUGUAUAGGAGGAAAUCUUUAUCUAUCUAUCUAUCUAUCUAUCUAUCUAUCAUCUGUCUGUCUCAGUCUGUUCAUAUCUGUCUGUCUGUCUGUCUCUAUCUAUCUAUCUAUCUAUCUAUCUAUCUUUCUAUCAGACUGUCUUAUCUAUUCAUAUCUAUCUAUCUAUCUUUUAGUCUAUUUGUAUAUAUCUAUCUAUUUUAGUCUAUUCAUAUCUAUCUAUCUUAGUCUAUUUUCUAUUCAUAUCUAUCUAUCUAUCUUAGUCUAUUUGUAUAUAUCUAUCUAUUUUAGUCUAUUCAUAUCUAUCUAUCUUAUCUAUUCAUAUCUAUCUAUCUUAGUCUAUUUGUAUAUAUCUAUCUAUUUUAGUCUAUUCAUAUCUAUCUAUCUUAUCUAUUCAUAUCUAUCUAUCUUAGUCUAUUUGUAUAUAUCUAUCUAUUUUAGUCUAUUCAUAUCUAUCUAUCUUAGUCUAUUUUCUAUUCCUAUCUAUCUAUCUAUCUAUCUUAGUUUAUACAUAUCUAUCUAUUCAUAUCUAUCUAUCUUAGUUUCUUCAUAUCUAUCUAGUGAUCUUAGUCUAUCUAUAUCUAUCUCAUCUAUUCAUAUCUAUCUAUCUAUCUUAGUCUAUUUGUAUAUAUCUAUCUAUUUUAGUCUAUUCAUAUCUAUCUAUCUUAUCUAUUUGUAUAUAUCUAUCUAUUUUAGUCUAUUCAUAUCUAUCUAUCUUAGUCUAUUUGUAUAUCUAUCUAUUUUAGUCUAUUCAUAUCUAUCUAUCUUAUCUAUUUGUAUAUAUCUAUCUAUUUUAGUAUUCAUAUCUAUCUAUCUUAGUCUAUUUGUAUAUCUAUCUAAUUUAGUCUAUUCAUAUCUAUCUAUCUUAGUCUAUUUGUAUAUAUCUAUCUAUUUUAGUCUAUUCAUAUCUAUCUAUCUUAUCUAUUCAUAUCUAUCUAUCUUAGUCUAUUUGUAUAUAUCUAUCUAUUUUAGUCUAUUCAUAUCUAUCUUAGUCUAUUUGUAUAUAUCUAUCUAUUUUAGUCUAUUCAUAUCUAUCUUAGUCUGUUGUAUAUAUCUAUCUAUUUUAGUCUAUUCAUAUCUAUCUAUCUUAGUCUAUUUGUAUAUAUCUAUCUAUUUUAGUCUAUUCAUAUCUAUCUAUCUUAUCUAUUCAUAUCUAUCUAUCUUAGUCUAUUUGUAUAUAUCUAUCUAUUUUAGUCUAUUCAUAUCUAUCUAUCUUAGUCUAUUCAUAUCCAUCUAUCUAUCUUAUCUAUUCCUAUCUAUCUAUCUAUCUAUCUUAGUUUAUACAUAUCUAUCUAUCUAUCUUAGUUUAUACAUAUCUAUCUAUUCAUAUCUAUCUAUCUUAGUUUCUUCAUAUCUAUCUAGCGAUCUUAGUCUAUCUAUAUCUAUCUCAGUUUCUUCUCAUCUAUCUAUUUCAUUGUUUCUAUCUAUCACAUUCUGUUACUAUCUAAUCUAUCUAAUUAUUUUAAUCUCUAUGUAUCUUAGUCUCUUCAUAACUAUCUAUUCCUAUUUAUAUAUCUUUGUCCAUUCAUAUCUAUCUCAUUCUGUAUCUGUCUGUCUAUCUAUCAAUCUAUUUCAUUCUGUUUCUAUCUAUCUAUCUAUCUAUCUAUCUAUCUCAUUCUGUUUCUACCUAUCUAUCUCUCAUUCUGUUCCUAUCUAUCUAUCUAUCUAUCUAUCUAUCUCAUUCUGUUUCUACCUAUCUAUCUCUCAUUCUGUUCCUAUCUAUCUAUCUAUCUAUCUAUCUAUCUAUCUAUCUCAUUCUGUUCCUAUCUAUCUAUCUAUCUAUCUAUCUAUCUAUCUAUCUCAUUCUGUUCCUAUCUAUCUAUCUAUCAAUCUCAUUCUGUUCCUAUCUAUCUAUCUAUCUAUCUAUCUAUCUAUCUAUCUAUCUAUCUCAUUCUGUUCCUAUCUAUCUAUCUAUCUAUCUAUCUAUCUCAUUCUGUUCCUAUCUAUCUAUCUAUCUAUCUAUCUAUCUAUCUAUCUAUCUCAUUCUGUUUCUAUCAAUCUAUUUCAUUCUGUUUCUAUCAAUCUAUUUCAUUUCUGUUUCUAUCUAUCAAUCUAUUUCAUUUCUGUUUCCUAUCUAUCUAUCUAUCCUCAUUCUGUUCCUAUCUAUCUAUCUAUCUAUCUAUCUAUCAUCUAUCUCAUUCUGUUCCUAUCUCUAUCUCUAUCUAUCAUCUAUCUAUCUAUCUAUCUAUCUAUCUAUCUCAUUCUGUUCCCAUCUAUCUAUCUAUCUAUCUAUCUAUCUAUCUAUCUCAUUCUGUUUCUAUCUAUCUAUCUGCCUCAUUUCUGUUCCUAUCUAUCUAUCUAUCUAUCUCAUUCUGUUCCCAUCUAUCUAUCUAUCUCAUUUCUAUAUCUAUCUAUCUAUCUAUCUCAUUCUGUUUAUCUAUCUAUCUAUCUAUCUAUCUAUCUAUCUAUCUAUCUAUCUAUCUAUCUAUCUCAUUCUGUUCCUACAUAUCUAUCUCAUUCUGUUCCUAUCUAUCUAUCUAUCUAUCUAUCUAUCUAUCUAUCUAUCUAUCUCAUUCUGUUCCUAUCUAUCUAUCUAUCUAUCUAUCUAUCUAUCUAUCUAUCUCAUUCUGUUCCUAUCUAUCUAUCUAUCUAUCUCAUUCUUUUCCUAUCUAUCUAUCUAUCUAUCUAUCUAUCUCAUUCUGUUCCUAUCUAUCUAUAUAUCUCAUUCUGUUCCUAUGUAAUCUAUCUAUCUAAUUCUUUUCAUCUCUAUUCUAUUCAUAUUUAUAUAUCUUUGUCCAUUCAUAUCUAUCUAUCUCAUUCUGUUUCUAUCUAUCUAUCUAUCUAUCUAUCUAUCUAUCUACUUUUCCUAUGGCUUCCUUACUUUUUCAUUUUCUUUUUACUUUCUUUUUUCUUCUCUUAUUAUUUCUUUAGUUUUCUGUUUCUCUUUUUUUUUUUCUCCUUUUUUGUUUUUCUUCUUACUUUUUCGUUUUCUUCUUGCUUUCUUUUUCCCUUUUUUCUUUUUCUUUUUUAUGUCAUUUUUCUUUUUUCUUUGUUUUCUUUUUCCUCUUUUUUCUUUAUUUUUCCCACUUUUUCAUUUUCUUUUUGUUUUAUUAUUUUUAUUCUCUCAUUAUUUUUUCUUUUCAUUUUUCUGUUUUUCUGCAAAUUUUCUUUUUUGCUUUUCUUUUUCCAGAUUAAUUUUUCCAUUUUGUUAAAAUUUCUUUUGCUCACAUUAUUUUCUUUCUCUUUCUUUUUCCUUUUCUUUCUCUUUUCUUUUUCCUUUUCUUUCUCUUUUCUUUUUCCUUUUCUUUCUCUUUUCUUUUUCCUUUUCUUUCUCUUUUCUUUUUUCCUUUUCUUUCUCUUUUCUUUUCCUUUUCUUUCUCUUUUCUUUUUCCUUUUCUUUCUCUUUUCUUUUUCCUUUUCUUUCUCUUUUCUUUUUCCUUUUCUUUCUCUUUUCUUUUUCCUUUUCUUUCUCUUUUCUUUUUCCUUUUCUUUCUCUUUUCUUUUUCCUUUUCUUUCUCUUUUCUUUUUCCUUUUCUUUCUCUUUUCUUUUUCCUUUUCUUUCUCUUUUCUUUUACUUUCUCUUUCCUUAUUUCUUUCUCUUUCCUCAAUCAAGGAAAAAUCUAUUUGCGUUUCCUUUCUAUUUCUCUCCUUGCUUUGUUUCUUCUUCUCAGAACAGUCUUUUUCUAUCUAUCUAUCUAUCUAUCUAUCUAUCUAUCUAUCUAUCUAUCUAUCUAUCUGUCUGACCGUUCAUAUCUAUCUUAAUUUCCCCCUCUCUCUCACUAUCUAUCUAUCUAUCUAUCUAUCUAUCUAUCUAUCUAUCUAUCUAUCUAUCUAUCUAUCUAUCUAUCCAUCCAUCCCAUGA